AUGGCUGCGAAACCGUCUCGAAUGAACGGCCUGAACCAUGCCGCCGGCAUCUUCGCCGACAUGUCCGUCGACGGACCAGCAAUUGGCACGCUGGUGGCCAUUGUCGACCGUGCAAAGAACCUGCCGAACCGAAAAACCAUGGGCAAGCAGAACCCUUACUGUGCUGCGCGUCUAGGCAAGGAAGCCAAGAAAACAGACACCGACUUGCGUGGAGGCCAAACACCCAAAUGGGACCAGGAACUCCGCUUCACCGUGCACGAAUCCCCCGACUACUUCCGACUCAAGCUCUCCGUUUUCAACGACGAUAAACGCACAGACCUUAUCGGCGAGACUUGGAUUGAUUUGAAGGAUCUUAUCAUCGCCGGAGGUAGCCAGAGCGACCAAUGGCAUCCGUUACAAUUUCGUGGCAAGUAUGCCGGCGAGAUCCGCCUCGAGAUGACUUACUACGACACCAGACCCGAGGACGAGGCCGUAAUCGAACGCAGAACACAAGGAGUUGACCGACCGGCGGUCAAAACUAGUAGCAGCACUCCCGCCGCGCCUGUCAGCACACCGUCAUCAUCGUCGUCACUUUCCGGACCUCGUCAGCCGAGAGAGGUCAAACGUCGCCCGCUACCCACCGACCCUACCGGCUCCGCCGCGCCGCGCCCUGCUCCAGAGAAAACACACUCCGCCCCGGCGCCUUUGCCCGUCUCAGCCCAUUCGUCUCGACCGGCCCAAUAUGACAGUGUUCCUACACCCCCAUCUAGCUCCGGCAUGGACUAUUCCCACCAACCUCGGCAUACGGCGCCUCCAGACGCCAAUUAUGAUAUGCCUCAUGGCCUGCCUUCCCCGGCGGCGCGCCCGAGGACGUACGAAACACCGGACGAUUUCCAACGGGACUGGAAUGCUCCCGCACCGGCUGUGGCUCAUCAUGCGCCGCCUACUGGACCGCCGAAGCGUCAUCCACAAGCCUAUUCCCAGGACCAGCACUAUCCGUCAUACAGAGAAAGAGCGGAACCCCAGGAUUACCACAGGCCGCGCUCUGGUUACGACAAUGCCCCUCCUGCUGAUUACCGAUCCGUGAGACAAGACUUACCACCCGCAGGCCGACAGGAUCCUUACCACGAACCGGAGCUGCGCGAACCUGUUUAUGAGGCCCCGCGCCCUAGCAGCCAUCAUUACAACCAGCCCUAUGUUGCACAGGACCAGUACUCAUACGGCCCGGAAGAGCCCCAAGCUCUUCGCUACCAUCAUGCUGCAGGAAGCAUGUCCGGACGUCGGCGGGUCGAAUAUCCACCGGAAGAGGUUGAGCAAGACCGCCAUUAUCGUGGCCACAGUAACUCCCUCCCGAUCCGAGGGCGCAGCCCUGCUCGCAGCCCCGGACGCCAGUCCGGCCGUGACUAUCAUGCGGAAUACGCAGCAAUGCAGCCGCGAGUGGAAGAUGAGGAUGAGGAAGGACCACCACCUCCACCGCCCGUGCAUCGGUCAGGAUUGGUUCAAACUAGCCAGCAGUUAGUACCGUCACCAGCUCCUUCGUACCAAGCUUACUCCCCAGAGUACGGCCCGCGAGCGACCCAAGAUUUGAAUCUCCCCCAGCCUACCCAUUUGACCCUCGAGGAGGAGAGGUUUCUCCAAGACCUUCCUCCGGUCACGGACGGCCCAGCCAUGCCGCCCAGUCUGGUCGCUGGGCUUGACCCAGUGAUUGCAGAGGCGGAAUCGGACCGUGUUAUCCACGAGGUUCAGGCUCGCCGGCGUAGUGGAAUCUUUGAGGACGAGUUUCCGGCUGCUCGCAGUCGCGAUCCGUCUCCUUUGCCAUAUCCCGCGAACAACCCACCCGAGGAACACCGUCGGUCUCUGGUCCUUCGCAAGUCUAUCAAUGGAGAUAGCCCGAGCCAUAGCCCGAGCCAGCAGAUGGUGCUCCGGAAAUCUGUGAGCCCACGCCCGCCACCAUCACGAGGCCGCGCAAGAGCAAACUCGCACAUUCCGUCCCAAACGCCUUUCUCGCCGGACUCGUUCGACGCGUACAACCCGCAUGCUGCUCGAUCUGCCGUGUCCCGAGACCCGGCACCGGCGUACGAUACGCCAGCAGAAGCAAUGGUGAUUGCAAGGAGAAAUGAAGCCGCGGCAGCCCGGCCUGACGGUCCUAUUAUCGGUGAUGACGGGCGUGAGAUCGACCCUUCGGAUCACCUUCCCACCGAUACAUGGGCACCAGAACCAGACCGCAAGCCACGCAAGCCAGGCGUGAUCGUCCGCUUCAAAAAUGCGCCUCCCAGGGCGGCCCCUCGAACUAGCCCUGCGCCGCCACCAAAGGAGUACGCUCCGCGUCCUACAUCUUCUUACAUGGGCGAUACACGCCCGACAUCCUCUUACAUGAAUGAUACACGAGGCGACUAUAAUCGUGGUCGCCAAGGAUAUGGAGGAAACAGCCCGGGACACGGCCGAACAUAUAGCACGCCCUCUCCGCAGCCGCAGCCGCGUAGGAACUCAGUCUCGCCUUCUCCAUCGCCAAUGUACGCGCCGGCUAAUAUUGGCCCACCGAUUCCGGCCAAGGUGCCUAUCAGUGCGCCGGUCGGAUACGCGCAGGACCCGCUGAGUCGAGAACUCAACUCGAUCGACAUUGGUUCGGUAGGAUUUAGCUCUAACCGUGCGAUGCGCAAGUACGUCCCGAAGACGAUCGGGUAUGCGAUGUAG